AUGACACAGCAAAUAACCUCCCAGUCCGUGGAGGAUCUGGCAUACCACCUCCUCCACGCGCCGCGGAACAACUUCCUCCACGUGCUACGGAGCCAGCUCCUACACGUGCUGCAGAUCCACCUCGCGAGGUUCAGAAAAACGGUUAAAAAUACAUACAAAGCAACCACGUGGCAAAUUAAGUUCAAGCUAGACGCAGUCGAGCCAAGCGGAUCGUACAAAUUAAGAUUAGCACUUGCAUCUGCAGCACAAGCUGAACUUCAGGUCCGAGUCAAUAAUCCGGAUCGGAAUAUUCCAGCAAUAUUCUCGACUGGAUUAAUCGGGAAAGAUAAUGCAAUCGGCCGACACGGGAUUCACGGGCUGUACUGGCUGUUCAGUGUGGAAAUAUUGGGCUCUUCACUUGUUACAGGGAAUAACACAAUUUAUUUGACGCAAGCAGAUGCCACAGGCCCGUUACAAGGAAUCAUGUAUGAUUAUAUCCGUUUCGAAGGAAUUUGAUUAUUGAUUAAUUUUGAGCCCGGCCCGGUUCGACCAAUACUAAUCCAUACAAAAAAAAAAAAAAUAUCAUAUAGUUAAUCAGAUAAUCUAUUUGUUAUUUAAUUAAUUAUUUAAAUUUACUGUUGAUGUAGAAAGUACCUAAUCUUAAUUAGCAAUAAAUCAUAUACUAGCUGAUAUAUUAAAUAAGGGGAAAUUACAGUUUUAAUCCCUCAAAUUUGCACCGAUUCACAUUUUGUCCCUCAUGUUCCAAUAAUUCAAUAUUUUUUGU